AUGGCGAGGGAGCUGGUGAGUGUUCUGACCACCCUGGAGCGCCGCUUCAACCUCCAGUCCGCCGACGUGGGCGUGAUCGCCAGCAGCUUCGAGAUCGGCAACCUGGCCCUCAUCCUAUUUGUCAGCUACUUCGGAGCAAAGGCCCACCGGCCGCGUCUGAUUGGCUGCGGGGGCCUCGUCAUGGCGCUGGGCGCGCUGCUCUCCGCCCUGCCAGAGUUCCUGACCCACCAGUAUGAGUACGAGGCCGGGGAUGGGUGGCACGCGGAGGACGGGAGGGAUGUGUGUUCCAACAUGACCAGGACUGAGGGCAGAGACUCUGCCUUCCUGUGUGGGAACAAGUCCAACACCAACAUGAUGUACCUGCUGCUGAUAGGGGCCCAGGUACUGCUGGGGAUCGGGGCAACACCAGUACAGCCUCUAGGGGUGUCCUACAUAGACGACCAUGUCAAGAGGAAAGACUCCUCUCUGUACAUAGGUGAGUAUAUCAACCUUAUAUAA